GUUUGUUUUGUUUGAAAAAUUGGCGAUCGCCUUUCUGAAAAUUUAAAAAUUACUUUUUUGUAACACGAAACCGUUUUCUUGUUUUAUUCUUUUUUGAAACAACUUUAUAUUCAUGGCCGAUUUGAAUGACAUUAAUCUCAACGAAAGUGAUCCGUUCAAGGAUGAGUCAGUGAAAGAGGCAACUGCUCAGAAGGACGACAUGCCUGCUGAACUUUCAUACAAUCCAUUUCAAGCUAAUAGUAAUUCAUCAGCACCAAAUGACCAUUACAAGCACGGCCCACCAGAAGAAGAUAAAUCAAAACCUGCACUCAACAACCAAUCAAUCUACUCCUCCAUUCUGCAGCUACCGCAGUUACUACAUCAACUUCCACAACAACCACCACAACAACAGCAACAACAUCUGGAUUCGUUGUACAGUGCAACUUCAACGGAGCAUCAACUAACAGCUGCAGAACUUAAAAAGCGCCAGGAACAGUUGGACAGGAGGGCAGAGGAACUACGGGAAAGGGAGAAUGCCAUGCAGAAAAACAUGAGACUUUCAUCAGAAUCGGUCAGCAACUUUCCACCUCUCCCUGGUUUCUGUCCAGUUCGACCUUGCUUCUACCAAGAUGUUGAAGCCGAGAUACCUGUGCACUUUCAGAGGCUGGUCAACAUGAUCUACUACUUCUGGCUCUGUUAUGUGAUUUUGCUGGUAUGGAACCUGGUCAUGUGUCUUUCAUACUUUGUUGUUACGGUGGAGUGCAACCUUCGCAAUCAUUCAGCUGUUAAUUUCACUCUCUCACUCCUCAACCUCAUCAUCUUCACUCCUGCUUCUUAUGUCUUCUGGUUCAGACCAGUUUACAGAGCUUUCAAAUACGACAGUUCAAUAAAUUUCUUUGUCUUCUUCUUUGUCUUCUUUAUGCAGUUCAUAACGCUGUUGAUGCAGUGCCUCGCUAUUGAUGGAUGGGGAUUCGCGGGCAUCUUGAAUGGCAUGGACCUCUUCACAGCUGGCUACAGAGCUGCCGCCAUCGUUGGAGUCUUCAUGUUUCUGACGGGAGUUGUAUUUGCGAUCAUGUGUGCCUUCAACGUCAUACUCCUGCUCAAGGUGCACCAGUUGUAUCGAAAUUCAGGAGGUAGCCUGGAGAAGGCUCAGAUAGAGUUCAGCAGCAGUGUGAAGGACCUGGCUGUUAACCAGGACAGUGCCAGUCAGUCACUGCUUCUCAAAUGAGGCUCUCAGUUUGUUAUCAUUUUACAGAUGGCUACAUUAACAACAACUCUAAUUGUUAUCAUCAGUUGGUCAUAGCGAUGCUAUAAAUAAUGAUAAGUGAUAAUUUGUUAGGAGCUGAUUAACCAUUAACAAUUGCAGCAGUUUAUAAAUAUUUUAUUAUUGUUAAAUGUGGUGCCAGCAGUCAGUUUUUGAUGAUGCAGACCUCCAUCAAAAAAUUUUAUUUGCUCUAUCGCUAUAUUUAUCACUUGGUGGAGGACAUUAUAAAUACUCAUUUAUAUUAUCGAACAUCUGUGUAUCUAGUCUCUUGUUCUAUGUGUUCAUAUGUUUAUUGGACGAAUCUGGUUGUUUGAAUUGCAUUAUUUUAUUCCCUUUACAUGUUUAUAUAUAUAUUUUUGUUAUUUACACACCAUUUUUUAGCGAUAUUUAAUUAACUUAUUUAAACAUUCCACAACAAAAAAUAUUUACAUCAUUGUUU